AUGGGGCUGCUGCUGGCACUGCUAGGGCUGCUUCUGGCGCAGCUGCCCAGGGCGGUGCGCAGUGACCACUGCCCUGAGCCCUGCAGCUGCCCGCCUGGGGGGCCCCUGCGCUGCCCGGGUCCGCUGGCUGGCCUCUCCCUACUAUCAUUCACCUAUCUCUCUAUCAAAGUAAUCCCAUCUCACGCUUUCAGAGGACUUAAUGAGGUCAUAAAAAUUGGUAUGUACUACAGUCAGUCCCUGGAAAGGAUAGAAGCCAGUGCCUUUGACAGCCUUCUCAAUUUGUCUGAAAUAAUGAUUCAGAACGCCAAGAACCUUGUGUUCAUUGCACCUGGAGCAUUUACAAACCUCCCCCGGCUAAAGUACAUGAGUAUCUGUAAUACAGGCAUCCAAACGUUUCCAGAUGUUACGAAGAUCUUCCCCUCCAAUUUUUACUUCAUUCUGGAAAUUUGUGAUAAUUUGUACAUAACCACCAUACCAGGAAAUGCUUUUCAAGGGAUGCAUAAUGUACUUCUAACACUCAAACUGUAUGGAAAUGGAUUUGAAGAAAUACAAAGUCAUGCGUUCAAUGGGACGAAGCUGAUUUCACUGGAGCUGAAGGGAAACGUGCGCCUACGGAAGAUGCAUGAUGCAGCCUUUCAAGGGGCAGCCGGGCCCAACAGCUUGGACAUUUCUUCCACCCAACUGCAGGCCCUGCCUAGCUAUGGACUGGGGUCCAUCCAGACACUAAUUGCCAUGUCAUCCUAUUCUCUGAAAAAACUACCACCGAGAGAAAAAUUUACCAAUCUCCUGGAUGCUACGCUAACUUACCCCAGCCACUGCUGUGCUUUUCUGAACUUCCCAGUAAAAGAGAACAAUUCCUUUUUCAUUUUUGAAAACUUUUCCAAACAAUGUGAAACCCCAGUAAGAAAAUCAAAUCACGAAAUGAUUUACGCUGCCGUUUUUGAGGACGAUGCGAGUGGCUGGGAUUAUGACUAUGCUUACUGCUCUUCUAAGACUUUCCGAUGUGCUCCAGAACCGGACGCCUUUAAUCCCUGUGAAGAUAUCAUGGGCUAUGACUUCCUUAGGGUCCUGAUUUGGCUCAUUAAUCUCCUGGCCAUCGCGGGCAAUCUGACAGUGCUCGCUGUCCUCCUGGCCAGCCGUUCUAAGCUGACCGUGCCCCGCUUUCUCAUGUGCAAUCUCUCCUUUGCAGACUUCUGCAUGGGGCUUUAUCUACUGCUUAUUGCCUCAGUUGAUUCACAGACCAAAGAUCAGUAUUAUAACUACGCCAUCGACUGGCAAACCGGGAGCGGGUGUAGCGUGGCUGGAUUUUUCACUGUAUUUGCAAGUGAACUGUCUGUCUACACCCUCACUGUCAUCACAGUAGAAAGAUGGCACACCAUCACCUAUGCUGUUCAGCUGGACCAGAAAUUUCGACUGAGACAUGCCAUCCCCGUCAUGCUCGGGGGGUGGCUCUUUUCUACUCUAAUGGCCAUGUUACCUCUGGUGGGUGUCAGCAGUUACAUGAAAGUCAGCAUUUGCCUCCCCAUGGACGUGGAAAGCAUUCUCUCACAAGCCUAUAUAUUAGCCAUCCUGAUACUCAAUGUGAUAGCUUUCAUAAUCAUUUGUGCGUGCUACAGUAGAAUUUAUUUUGCAGUUCAAAAUCCAGAGCUGAUGGCCACCAACAAGGAUACAAAGAUUGCUAAGAAAAUGGCCAUCCUCAUCUUCACCGACUUCACCUGCAUGGCACCUAUCUCCUUUUUUGCCAUCUCAGCUGCCUUCAAAAUGCCCCUUAUCACAGUUACCCACUCCAAAGUUUUAUUGGUCCUUUUUUAUCCUGUGAAUUCUUGUGCCAAUCCAUUUCUGUAUGCAAUUUUCACAAAGGCAUUCCGCAGAGACUUCUUUCUUUUGCUGAGUAAAUUUGGCUGCUGCAAACAUCGGGCUGAACUUUAUAGAAGGAAAGAUUUUUCAACUUAUAACCCCAAUUGCAAAAAGGGUUUCAUUGGAUCCAACAAGCAUCCUCCACCCACACUUAAGUUUGCACUGAAAUGUCAAUACACAGCUGUCCUAGAGAAGACAUGCCCAAUGACUGCUAGCCUUUAG